AUGCGAUGUGAGCCCUUGAGCUCUCGUCGCAAUCGCUGCUACCGGCGCUUACGCGGAGCUUUGCUGAUUACUUUGCUGUACAGUGGACACCUUGCAUUGAGUUUUAAUUCUGGGUUGCCUCAAGUUCAGCAAGGGAGACCUUUGCUGGAACCUCGGCAGUAUCAGCAGGAGGCUGUGGAUUUCUUCUUCAAGAAUGCCAAGAAGGCAGCGAAAGGGCAAGGUUUGCGCUUUCAGAUGGCCUGUGGAACUGGAAAGACCGUCACCUACGCGCUGAUCAUUGAUCGAGAUCUGGCGAAGAAUCCAGAUGGCCGUCAUGUAAUCUUCGUGCCAUGGCGAGACCUCGCAAGGCAGACCGCGGCGGAACUGGCGCGAUUUCAAAUUAAGAGCUGCAUCGUUGGAGAUGGCUUCACCGCAGUUGAUCCAUAUGCCAAUGUGGUGGUUUGCGUUUAUGCAUCAGCACAUCACCUUCGUGGACACAACUUUCGCAUCAAAAUUGUUGAUGAGGCACACCAUUUGGAGAUGAAGCACUCUAGCGGUUACACUGGAAUCAUCAAACACAGGAUCUCAAGCGAGCUGGCAGCCCACUUCACCGCCACCUUUUACCUGCCUCAGAACAUUGACUUCAGAUAUGACUUGGACAAAGCCAUACAAGAAGGUCACGUUUGCGAUUUUAUGAUUACGGUGCCAGUGGGUGACACUCACAACAUGGAAAGUAUGGGUCGCUUUAUCCUGGAAAAUCGGAAGCGGUUGACGCCCGUGCUGGUGGCGCUGAAUCGUGUGCAGCGAGCCAAGAAGUUUGCAGAGGUCCUUUGCAAGUUUGGACUGUCGGCCAAAGCUAUCGAUGGGGGCUUGAACCACACCGUGCGGCAUGGGAUUAAGAAAGAUUUGCAAAGUGGAAAGCUGGACGCAGUUUCCGUGGUCAAUAUCUUCAAUGAGGGCACAUCCAUCAGCGAGCUGAAGUCAGUGGUCUUCAUGGACAAACGGCAGAGUGCAAUCAAUGUGAAACAGCUGGCGAUGCGCGUGACGCGAUUGCACAACACCAAACCCUUUGCCAAUGUGGUGCUGCCUUUGUGUGAUAGGAGCUUUGAUAGAGACGUCAGAAACAUCAUCAGGUUCCAUUUUGUGCCUUUGCGAACGGGGCAGAAUUCCAGCGCUGAUGGCAUGGACUGGGCCAAUGUUUCGACGGAACUGUUUGAUCGUUUUGGGCGCUACCUUGGUGGUGGCAGGGGGAUGAAGGUCUUCGACCAACGUGUGCAGCAGCUGGCGAACUUCAUGGAGGAACAUGAUCACCUUCCGGCGCGAAGAGCGCAUCACCAGGAUGAGCGCAUGCUAGCGAGUUACAUCCUGUACUGCAGAAAGCAGUUCAGAGCCAAUGCCUUGAGCAAUGCCCAGAUCCUCCAGCUGCGAGAAAUCCCACAGAUGGCGGAGUUGAUGGAGACAUGGAAUGAUGAGGUUCCAGAUCGUAUCGACACCUUCGCAAAGAGGUGCAUGAUGUUGAAGGAAUGGGAGGCGAUACAUCACCGGCUACCCAAGGGACAGCAUGGCAGCCAGGAGGAGAAGUUUCUGGUCCAUGUGUUGCACGAGGUUGGGCGAGCAUUCCGUGCUGAGAAGCUCACAGAGGAUCAGGUCCGGCAGUUGGAGGAGAUCCCAUCGAUGCCACAGAAGUUGGAGAAGUGGAAGCGGCUGAUGAUGAAGAAGGCAGCUCGAGCCAAAUGGACUUGGUCUGAAGGAUGUAAUGCCUUGAGGGAAUGGCUGAAGAGCCAUGGAAACAGAAAGCCACGCCGUGCUGGGGAGCUCCAUGAGUAUGCCCUUUGGGAGUGGUUGUCAGCAGCCAGGAAGCGAUUUAUCAAGGGCCGCCUCGGGGAGGAAGAGAUUCGGGAACUGGAGCAGGUCCCUACCAUGAUGCUGGAGCUCCUGCAGUGGGAAGCACGAUGGGGCCCAGAGGAACGUUGGCAGCAGCAUGCGCAGGAGUUCCAAAGUUGGGUGCAGAACCGCAGUUUUCCAGAGGAGGACCUGGAAGCUUCUGCUGAAGAGCAACGCUUGGCCAUGUGGCUUCGCAUUGCCAAGUACAAACACAAGAAGGGAACUUUAUCAACUUCAAUGGAGGAAACACUAACCUCGAUCCCCGAGCUCAGCAGCCUCUUAGAAUCACCGCGAUCAAAGCCUGCAGAUCCGAUGCUUGGUGCACUGACAGCUUACCAGCUGAUGGCUGCAAGCAUCAAAUUUGCCACGACUGAACCAAGCAGAAGAAGCUUGGUGCCCUCUCCUUACGCCGUCUGGCGGCGUAACUAUUUCGCACUAAAGGCAUGGCAGGCUCUCCAUGGAGCCUUGCCCCAAGCUUCCGGUGGUGCGCAAGCGAAAACUCUUGCAAAUUGGCUGGCGAAAGCCAAGCAGCUCUACAAGCAGGGCAAGCUGAGUCGAGACCAAAUCCAAGACCUUCUGAAGAUCCCUGGCGCUUUUGAGAGGUUAAAUAAAACGAAACCACCAACCUUUGAGGACGUCAUCACGAGAAUUCAGCUGUGGAUAAGCCUGUUUGGUCGCUUGCCACAAGCCAGAAAUCGGAGCGAGGAUCCGACUGAGAAAUAUUUGACAAACUGGCUGGGGAAGGCCAUGAACAGGCACUUAGAUGGCAAGCUGUCUCCGAAGCAGUCCACUUCCUUGCAGCAGCUUCAUGGUGUCAUGGAUCAGCUUGAGGAGAUCCGAAAACGGCGAACUUCAUGGGAAGUGCAUUAUAAGCGAGUGCGUCAGUGGCUGGUGGAUCGUAAUGUGGAUCUACUUGCGAAUUGGAGGGACUUCUCCGAAGAGGAGCCAGAGCUGGCCGCGUGGGUGGCCUAUCAACGGCAGCGCUUUCUUCGCCGCCCCUGGCUAUUGUCGGAGGAGCAGGUUGAGUUGCUGAAGGCACUCCCUGGCUUCCAGACAUCCUUUGAGAAGUGGAACCAGUCGAAAGAGUUCGGCUUGUUUCAGCAGCGUUGCGAUCUAGUUCAGUGCUGGGCCGACAAGCAUGGUGGACAACUUCCCAGUGAAUCACAUGUGGAUGACCUGAUCUCUGCUGAGGGUGUUCUUGAUCCUGCUGGCCUCUUUUCUGACGACCAGAAUGAGUGGCACAUGAAUUUCCUGAGCUGGGUCAAUCAAACUGUUGACAUGAUUAAUUUCAGGAAGUGCACCCAGUCCCAGCGAUACACUUUGAGGAAGUACCCAUGUUUCGCAAACUUGAUGCCCAAACCCCAGGUCAGGGCAGAAGAGCCCUCUCGUUGGUGGAGGCGGUUUCGCCAGCUCAAGAGGUGGAUUUCAGUGUCUGACCGUAUUCCACGUAGCAGUACGGAUUCACGGAUGGAACAAAAACUUGGAUGGUGGGUGGCAGACGCACGCCAGUUAUAUUCCAAAGGGGCUUUGGACCAGGAUCGCUUGUCUCAUUUGUGGACGCUUCCGCCCGUGGUGACAUCUUUCACCCGGGUUGUUUUGUCGUGGGACGAUCAUUUCUCCUCGUUGCAAGCUUGGCUCAUGACGCAUAAUGGGCGUUUGCCUAAGCGCUCCGGUGAUGAAGAUGAACGGCAGUUGGCGGUUUGGCUGCAGAAUGAUUGCGCCAAAGCACGGAAAGAUGAACUGCAUCCUGGACGACUUGCGAAGCUGAAAGAAGUUGCUGGUUUGGGCCCUCGGCUGCGUGGGGGGGAAUCGCUUCGAUUGCACCUUGUUUGGAAAGGCCACUAUGCUUCUUUGGUAGAAUGGUUGGAGGCACACAGUGGCAAACUUCCGUGUGGAAGCAGUGGUGCAGCAAAAGAAAGGCUCAUGGCAUUUUGGUUGCACAACAAUUUGGCCAAGGCACAGGACGGAGACUUAGCGUCCGAGAAACAGGAACUGUUGCAGGAAGCGUUAGGCCUUUCCAACUUGGACUGGAGUGGGGAGAGUGGCUGCAGACUGUUGCAAGACUGGUUUAGCAUUCAUUUGCACAACCAUACCGACGAUACCGUCUACAAAUGCAUUCUGGGAAGAAGAGAACAUAUGGAGCGAGAAGCGGGCAAAUCUGCAGCGCAUCAAGAAUCCAAUCCAGCAACAUCAGAACUGCGCCGUGUGCGCAUGCCCGUACCAUGGGGCACUAGCUUUCGAAGGUUAGAGGCAUGGUGCGAAAAGCAUGGGCGACUGCCACAUGUUGGGGCAAAGGCUUGGAGUGAGAGGACCUUGGCAAUUUGGUUAAAGAAUGCGGUGCAAGCGACCAGGUGGGGCAAUGUUGACCAAGAGCGUCUUGCUAAGCUCAGCCGAUUGCCUGGUGUCUCGGACAGACUUGUGACAAGAGCCCAAAAAAGCCUGAGUAAGAGUUGA